AUGAGUAAUGAUACUAGUUAUGACCCAAACACUGAUCCGAAUGCCCCUUACGUAGAUUACGGUGUGAAUCCAGAGUUUACACAGGACAUUGAACAUCUUCAAUUAAAAGCAACUUACGACAAAUUAAAUAUUUAUCUAAGCAUUAUGAGUAUUUCAUGUGGUUUCUUGGUAUUAUUUAUCAUGACCAUUAUGUGGCUUUAUGAUAGAAAGUUGGUCGAUCGUGUAUCAUUGAGGUUGACUGCAAUGAUUUCCUUUGUGGAUAUGUUAAAUGGUGGAACUGUGUUGGCAUACACGCUAUGGAUUCCUGUAGAUGGUACAUUAUGCACUGCUAUUGGAUUUGGAAUGAGUUUUUUCCCUCAGUUAUAUUUACUUCUAACUGUUAUGAUUGCAUUCAAUCUACAGGUUGUUUUUCUUCACAGAAGAAAAGUUUCAAGAUUUUCAGAUAGAUGGUAUGUUCCGGUAGCGUUUCUAACAGCAUUAAUUAUAAACAUACCACCGCUAGUCUAUAAUAGAUUUGGCUUUGACAUUGAUUCCACUUAUUGUUUAUACAGAGAAGGUUAUUCCGAGGCAACAAGAUGGUGGUCAAUUUUAACAUUUUUCAUUCCAAUAACAAUAUCAAUGAUUUAUUGUACGACGGUUUUGAUGAUUGUGGUGUGUAAAUUGAUCUUUGAACAUCGUCAAUUGGCAGAAGUCAUACAAUCUUCAAAAAGCAAUAAAACCUUAUCAGUAAAAGCCAGACACAAAAAAUUAUUAUUGUUAAAAUUGGUUAGUCGUAUUUCUCUUUAUGCGUUAAUACCUUUGCUCAAUGUAAGCGGUAUCUUGGUGGAACUUAUUUAUGCUUCAGUGCACAAAAAAAGUCGACCCGAGCCUCCGGCUAUAGUUUUUUGGUCAAUUAUUGGAACAUGUUCUCCUGGAAUUUUUAAUUUCUUUGCAUUCGUAUUCGAUCCAGCUUUACAUAAUGGUUUUAGAAGGUAUAAAAGAGUCUUGGUGGAUAGUUAUGGCUUUAUGAAGCCGUUCGACGACGAUAAUAGCAAAGCAACUGUUUCUUUAAAUAGCCCACCAUUGUCACCAUCAGAAUUUAGAUUUCCAACUUUUAGAAAUUCAUCAUUAACAUUACCACCAAUAACACCACUAACACCACUACAAAAAUCAUCAUCACCAAUACUAAAUUCCGUUAAUGAGACUAAUCCUAAUUCCAUUCCUGAUACUAAACCAAUUUUCAUUGAUGGGUUGACUAACGAAAAAAUCACUUUUGGUGAAUUUAAAAGUUAUACUCGAAAGGUUGCCAGUGGAAUUGUUACAUUAGCUAAUUCUGGUUAUAAAGCUCAUGAAUUAACACAUCAAUUAUCCGACUCCAGAGCAUCAGUCAUCAUUGCACAUCCAUUACUAUUACCUGUUGUAUUGGAAGCUGCAAAAAAUGUAAAAAUACCAACCUCCAGGAUCUUUGUAUUUGAUGAAAAGGAAGACAUUGAAAAUGGCAUUAAACCAUUCACCAGCUUAUACAAGGAUGAUGAUGAUUCAGCAAUUAUUCAUUAUACAACCGAAGAAAAAGUCAAAUCAACUACUGCCUAUUUGUGUUAUAGUUCUGGUACAACUGGCAGACAAAAAGGUGUUGAGACCACACAUUAUAAUAUGAUUGCUAAUCUUGAACAAGUUUAUCAUUUCGAGGGAUUCACUCCUGAUCUUGUCUUCUUGGGAAUAUUGCCACUUUUUCAUAUAUAUGCAUUGAACAUUACUCUGCAUCAAGUAACUUAUAGUGGAGCGACAGCAAUAAUUUUAUCAAAAUUUGAUAUAAAUUCAUUUUGUCAAACAAUACAAGAUUAUAAAAUAAAUCUUGGAUAUAUAGUUCCGCCAAUUUUGCUUCAACUGGUUAAAAACCCAGUUGUUGACAAAUAUGAUUUAUCAAGUUUAAAAUUUAUUGUAAGCGGUGCUGCUCCAUUGAGCAAAGAGUUGAGUGAGAUUUACAACAACAGAUUCAAGAAAAUACCUCUUAAGCAAGGUUAUGGACUUACUGAAACUACACCAGUGCUUACAUUGGGUAAAACUGAUGAUAUUGUAGUUGGGUCAUCUGGAAUUAUUGUAGCAAAUGUUGAGAUAAAAUUUAUUGAUGAAAAUGGAAAAGAACUUGGAGUUAAUGAAGAAGGUGAAAUGUGUGUUCGUGGUCCAAACGUCAUGAAGGGUUAUCUUAAUAAUGAAAAAGCCACUAAAGAAUGUAUGGAUAAAGAUGGAUUUUUUCAUACUGGAGAUCUUGGUUAUAUUGAUGAAAAUGGGAAUGUUUUCUUGGUUGAUCGUGUAAAAGAACUUAUCAAGUAUAAGGGCCAUCAAGUUGCACCUGCAGAACUUGAAUCAGUUCUACUUUCCAACCCUAUAAUUUCCGAUGCAGGUGUAGUUGGCAUUUAUUCAGAACAAGACGCUACAGAAUUACCAGUUGCUUAUGUCGAACUAGCAAAUCCAGCCGCCAGUGAUCACCAACAAAUUAAAAAAUCCAUUCAAGAUUACGUGGCUGAAAAAGUUGCUCACCAUAUGCGACUACGCGGUGGUGUCUACAUUAUUGAUAAGAUACCUAAAAGCGCUUCCGGCAAAAUUUUGAGAAAAGAUUUGAGAGAACGACUUAAAAGUGAAUGGGUUCGUCCUGAUAAUCUUUAA